GCAAGCCGGCUUAGCAACAUGGAGGUUUAGUGCCAGGAACAAGCGAUUUGGCCGGGAAAAUAGACUCAAAAUUGGCAUCUACUUUUCUUUUUUGUGAGUCAUUUGUACAAGUGUGAUGGACCGUAUUAGAUUAAGCAGUUCUCAGGUCCCUGGUUCUGGACUCUGGGAACUGGAAAAUCCGUGUUUGGAGAUGGAAAUGACAGAAGCAAAUUUCAACAUCUCAAAAGAUAAAAAUAAAGAGCAAACUCAAGACCCAGGGCAGAGUUUUAAAUCCGUUCGUGCUGUGGUGAAGUCCGCCGCUCGCUGGGCCUCAUAUUCCUGCGGCCGAUGGAGACAGAAGAGGAACAAACUUCUUGGAGUUACACCUGAGGUGCGAUACAGAGGGCUGGCUGGAGACGCAGAGGAUGAAGUGGACUCAAGCAUGAACCUGAGCCAGGAUCUACAGCAGAAUCUAAACCGAGAUAUAAACCAAGAUAUAAACCAGGACCAAACCCAGAACCAGAGCCUGAAUAAGAGGCUCCUGAACCACUUCAGAGAACUGGCAGCCCACGACCAGGACACAGACCAGGUGGACCUGGAUCUCCUGAACGAGCUGCUAUCAGACGGAGCUGAUCCAAACAGCAGCGACCGCUUUGGCCAGACUGUUUUACAUGAGAUCUCCCGUGCCUGGAGUGUGGAUGUGAUGCGCUUCUUCCUCGAUCGUGGUUCAAACCUGAUGACUCCAGAUCAGUUUGGAGUCACAGCGCUCCAUGUGGCCGCAGCUCUGGACUACAGUGAAAUGGUUCUAUUCCUCUUACAGAGAAACGCUGACCCAGAGUCCCGGACGCUGCUACAGAGCCAGACUCCUCUUCACUUUGCUGCUAAGUGUGAUGCCGUCUCCUCCAUCAGAGUCCUGGUUCAUCAUGGAGCCUCCCUGAGCUCUGUGGACUAUAAGCUCCGCACGCCUCUGCAGCUGGCUGCUAACAUGGAGAGGCGUGAAGCAGCUCAUGUGCUUUUGGAGCUCGGCGCGGAGGCGGGUCUUACAGACUGUGAUGGUCAGCUCCUCAUCACCGCCCUCAUCACACACAUGUCGCCCGUGGCUGAGUUGGCUCUGAGUCAGUUUCAUGUUCACGACACGAUGAAACGGCAGCAGUACUUCCACCUGAACCUCCUGGAACCAGAGCCAGUGGACCCAAACAGCAAAGAGGCCGACCUGAGGGACCCCACGUCUCCUCUGGAGGUGGUAGUGCAUCAGGGCAAACUGGACCUCAUCAUGAACCCGGUGUUUCACAAACUCAUUGAAGUCAAAUGGAAACUUUACGGACGGUCUGUGCUCUUAAUGAAUCUGCCUGGGCUCCUAUAG